AUGGUUAAAGCGGAAAGGACUACAAAAAAUAUCUUAUCUUGUCAAUCCAGAGGAGACGUGACAAAAAGUCCAUCCCAUGGGUCUCGCUCAUCAGAUAACAUCUGUUAUGUUGAAACAAGAAUAGGGCCAAAGCCUUUGCCGCUUGUUGGAAACCUUUUUUCCGUGUUAUUCGAACUCAAAAAGGUAAAGUAUCAUCAUAGCUUAUGGAAGUGUUGGUCGAAUAAGUAUGGAGGUUUGCUUGGAUUGAGACUCGGCUCUGUCAACACAGUGGUUGUGUUUGGAAAAGAAAUGAUUAAGGAGGUGUACUCCAGGGAAGUUUUCGACGGAAGACCUGAUGGGUUCAUGUACACGUUACGAUCUUUCGGUAAAAAGCUUGGUAUCGUCUUUAACGACGGUUCUUCAUGGGCAAAGACAAGGCGAAUUGCUUUAAAAUUCAUGAAGAGUCACGGAUAUGGAUCCCGACUUAUGGAGGAACACAUCUCCGAAGAAUGUAAGGAGCUCGUGAAAAUGCUGAGCAGAACUACAAAACCAGUACUCGCUAACAACUUAUUUGAUGUCUCCAUUAUCAAUAUCGUAUGGCGGCUGGUGGCUGGCAAAAGAUACAAACUGGAUGAUGAAAAUUUGAAGAAACUGUGCGAUUUGAUCACACGCUGCUUCAAAGCGGUCGACAUCAGCGGUGGUGUGAUGACUUUUAUGCCAUUCCUGAGGUACAUCAUACCAGAUAUCAUUGGGUACACGGAAAUGACGACCGUCCACCGAGCACUACACAAGUUCCUAACAGAAACUAUUAGGGAACACAGAGGUACUCUCGAUCCCGACAAUCCUCGAGAUGUGAUAGACUCUUUUUUAAUAGAACUGCACCAUAAUAAUGGUAGCUCAUUUACAGAGGAAGACCUUCAAGUCGUCUGCUUAGACAUGCUCGAGGCUGGUGUGGAGACAGUAAACAACACAGCUGUAUAUAUGCUACUCCAUUUGGUGCGAGAAAGAAAUGUGCAGAUGCGGUUACAAAUGGAAAUCGAUGAGGUCAUAGGAAAGGAAAGAACACCUUCUUUGUCUGAUAAAUCCAGAAUGGUGUACACGGAAGCAGUGAUAUUAGAAACAUUGAGAAUAUCAAGCAUAGCUCCAGUGGGAAUACCACAUAUGGCUACAGCGGAUACACAAUUAGGAGGCUACGAUAUACCCAAGGGUACUUUCAUAUUAAUAGGCUUGCAUGAUCUCCACAAUGGAAGCCACUGGAAGAAUCCUCAGGAUUUUAGGCCAGAGCGAUUCCUCACCAAAGAAGGAAACCUAAUGCAAGAUGAGACGCUCAAGCCCUUCGGUUUCGGAAAAAGGCGAUGUAUCGGAGAAGGAUUGGCAAGGUCCGAGCUAUUCCUGUUCAUCGCUCACAUAAUGCAAAAGUUCCAUCUGAUAGUUCCGGAUGGAGAUCCUCUCCCCACGGCGGAUCCUGUUGGUGGCAUCACGCUUUCUGCCAAACCAUUCAAGAUACAGUUUCUACCAAGACACGGAUUUUAACCAUAUUCUUUAUUCAGUAACUAAUUAAGCAAUAUAAGGUUAUAGGUAUCUGUCUUAUUUACUUGUUUAAUGUUUUGAACAAGAUAUUUAGUUUCAAUCAUAAAAGCUCUGCUUAGUUUGGAACUGGAUAAUUGUUAGGAAUAUCCCGUAAUUUAUUGUUACCGUUAUUAAUAAAAUACUUAUAUAAAAAGGUCAACUGAUUCUCGAUAAUAAUAAACAAAUAGGAUUUUAACUCUGA